GCUUUUUUAUGUGUCUGUGUCAGCAGUGGGGUCCUCCUGGGUCUCCUGCCAUAGCGUCCCUUUUCAUUCAGAUGGUGACGGAUAGUGCGAGCUGACGCUGUUGUACCCUGUGCCUGCAGGUCAGCUUGAAUUUCUUUGGAAGUUGGUUCUUUAUCCACCAUUCGAGCAGUUCUUCAUUGUAACAUUUCAUCAAUCUUUCUCUUUCGUCCACGUCCAGAGGGAUUAGCUACGUACAGUGUCAUGGGCUGUAAGCUUCUUUACAAUGUUGUGCACAGUGGACACAGGAGCAUUAGGAUGGACUUGUAGCCUUGCGAUUCUCCAAGCUUUUCCAUUCUUUGCUCUUCUGCCUUUUCUCCGUGCUCAUUGUGAUACAUACAGACGCUCAAAAACAAGACUGAGGCAACAUUUCUCCAUUUUAAAUGGUUGUGAGUGGGAAUUUCCAUAUUGCCAGCACCCGGUAAUUGCUACAGGCGAUUGGAAAGAAUCACAUGCUUGAAAUACAAUUAUUUCUUACAAUUCUGAUAAGCUGCCAAUAAUGUUGACCAGGCCAUUUUUCACGUUUUGUCUGGAAUGUCUCAGAUUCGUUUUAUUUCCUCUGAUUUUUUGUGUUCUUCCUGUGCCAACAAGAGACAUAAAUAUACCAAAGCAUUUGUAACUGCAACAAUUUUACAUAAGAAAUUUGCAAACGAGAGGAGGCCAUUCGGCCCAUCAAGCUCGUUUGGGGAGAACUUAUCUAAUAGCUCAGAGAUGUUAAAAUCUUAUCUAGCUCUGAUUUACCAGAACCCAAGGUUUUAGCCUGCACUACACUAAUAGGAAAACUAUUCCAUGCUCUAACUUGUUAAAGAAGUGCUUUCUCAAAUCCACUUUAAAAUGUUCUACCACUAAUUUCCAUCUAUCUGAACUAAUAUCGAAGUAACUAUUCGGCUGAACAGCAUCCAGACCUGUUAGAAUAUUAUAUACCUGGAUCAUGUCCCCCCUUAGUCUCCUUAGCUUGAGGCUAAACAGAUUCGGCUCAGCUAACCUCUCCUCAUAAGACAUUCCUCUAAAACCAGGAAUCAUUCUUGUAGCCCCACAUUGCACCCUUUCCAAGGUAACAAUCUCCUUUUUGAGGUAUAAUGACCAAAUAUGCACACAAUAUCUUAAUUAACCUGCAGAAAUCUUAGUUAUUUGAGUACAUAUUGUUUAUUAAAAGUACAUAGUGCUUAUUUGUUAUUCAUCUAUUUGUUAGACUCAAACUAUAAUAUUUUUAGUUUUUAAUCUGUUUUUAUUUAAACCAACACACAAUCUCUAGAGUAAUUUGAGGUUACAUUUCAGUGCCUGUUGUACAUGUAUAAAUGCACAUGUGAGAAAUAAAUUUCUUGAAUCUUGAAUCUUGAAAGGUAAUCAGCUCCAGUCCAAACGCAAACUUGGUUAAAAUCAUUUUUAAUCUCUAAAACUCAGUUGCGGCAAAUAGGAAGUCACUGCACAUGUAGGCUAUACACUACACCAGCAGAUGGCGUUGUUCAGUCACAACCGAGGUACAGCUCUGUCACUCAGCAGCCUACCAGAUAAUUGUUUACUUGGCAGACAUGAUGAGGGGCAUCGAAGCUAAUAUACUCAGGGGGUGGGGUCAUUAAAGCGGCAUACAGGCUGCAGACAUAGGCUAGAGAUUCAGACAUAGGCCAGGGACUCAGACAUAGAAAAAGGGACUCAGACAUAGGCCAGGGACUCUCAGACAUAGGCCAGGGACUCUCAGACAUAGGCCAGGGACUCAGACAUAGGCCCGGGACACUGACAAAGGCGAGGGACUCAGACAUAGGCCAGGGACACUGACAAAGGCGAGGGACUCAGACAUAGGCUAGGGAAUCUCAAACAUAGGUUAAGGACACUGACAAAGACGAGGGACUGGAUGGAUGGAUGGAUGGAUGGAUGGAUGGAUGGAUGGAUGGAUGGAUGGAUUUUUUUUCAGUCACAAAUGUUCUAGUGCAAGCCAAGACAGAAUAAAAAUUCACCCGUGUGUGUGACAAGACACAGAGAGAGUCCAAUCAUUCAGUGCCUUGCAAAAGUAUUUACCCCCCUUGGCAUUUUUCAUGACUUGUUGCCUCGCAACCUGGGAUUAAAAUGGACUGUUUGACAGUUUGCACCAUUUCAUUUACAGAACAUAUCUACAGCUUUGAAGAUGUCUAUAUCUUUUAUUGUAAAACAACAAAUAGGACAAAAUAACAGAAAACUUCAGCAUGCAUAACUGUUCACCCCCCCUACAGUCAGUACUUUGUAGAGCCAUAUUUUGCAGCAAUUACAGCUGCAAGUCGCUUUGGAUACGUCUCUAUGAACUUGCCACAUCUUGCCACUGGGAUUUUUGCCCAUUCCUCAAGGCAAAGCUGCUCCAGCUCCUUCAUGCUUCAAGGUGAACCUCCGUCUGAGUCUCAAAUCACAGGCAGACUGACACAGGUUUCGCUUAAGAAUAUCCCUGUAUUUAGCACCAUCCAUCAUUCCCUCGACUCGGACGAGUAUCCCAGUCCCUGCUGCUGAAAAACAUCCCCAACCUAACCCUAACCCUAACCCUUUGAACACCUUCGCUUUGGCUGUGGGUACUUGUUAUCACUAGGUGUGUGUAAGGAGUGACUGCUUUUGGUUUAUGUGCUACGUUUGCCACUGUAGUUUCCCUUAGUUUAGUUAGUCUGUGCUGUUUGUAUUUGGCAGAUGUUUUUUUUUUGUUUCUUUGGCCUGUGUUACUCCCAAAGUUUGUUACCUCGUGUUUGUGAGUGAAUAUUUAAAAAAAAAAAAAAAAACAUAAAAAGAUUCCCUUAGUGUCCCGCGUUCCCUUUUUCUAGCCCCCGGUUGUCCCGACCUUCCCUUUCCCUUCCCCUACUGUUGCGCUCUAACCCUAGACUGGAGCGUAACGGGGUCAGACGUGCUUGGGCGUGGCACAGAUUGCUUAGGGUGAGUACAGCGUUAGAUACUGGGGAGAGUCCGUCCUCAGCUGCUCUGCUAUUCUCAGUGCAGCCACAUGGUGUCGCUGUGUCGAGUCCAGCAUGGGGCAGUGAAUCAGAGUGAGGAGGGCAGGGAAACAGAGAGGGAGGAAGAGGACAAGGCUGCAGUUUGUCAGACAUCUGCAGACCAUCGAUAGGAGAGGUGCUGUGAGAAGCGGCUGAGAGUAAUUAAUCAGAAGGAAGUAAGACAGGCAGAGAGUGACACACAUUUGCCGCGGGACGUGGGGUAACUGGGGGCCGCAGAGCAGCAUGAAGUACCUGCUUGCCGUCGUCUGCCUCCUGCGAGCUUGGCGUGAUGCAAACUGCACUACGGUGACAGGAUAUGAGGGAGGUGGGGUCAGCAUCAGGUGUGACUACUCAAAAAAGUAUGAGGACAACAGUAAAUACCUGUGUACUGGUGGCUUCUUAUCAUGUACGGAUCUCAUUACAACCAAUAAAAAGAAUGAGUGGGUGACAGAGGGGAGAUUCUCACUGUAUGACGACCCUGAAGGAGGAUUCUUCACUGUGAACAUCACCAGCUUACAGCUAACGGACACUGGGACAUACUGGUGUGCGAUAUCUAAACGGUACUGGCCUGGUACAUUCACUGAAGUUUCUCUGCAGGUUCUGAAAGGGCCAAACUCCACAAAUACCGCACAGCCAACAGUAACAGCAACAACAGCAACCGACACAACAAUUAUACCAACGGUAACAUUCAGCACACCGGCGAUUUCGGUGACUGCAUCAGCAAAGCCUUCUGGAAGCACAGCCCGAAAUACAACAUCAGCAGAAACGCUGCUGCCCAUAACUGUGGGGCUGACUGUGGUUCUGCUCUUGCUUGGACUCGCUCUGCUGAUCUUCUACAGACAGAAGAGGAAGAAACCAGCAGCAUCUAAACCCCUCUCUGACCGGACAGAUACUGACAGCAGACACCCAGACACAAUCCAGUGUAGCUCUGAAUAUGAGGAGAUAAAAGACCAAAUUGCUGCGGUUCCCUCCCUCUAUUGCACAGCGGACUUACCUGAAAAUGCUUCUCCCAUGACUGUCUACUCCACUGUAGGUCCUUCCAAAGCCUCAUGUUCAGAUUCUGUCAGCUAUACCGCUGUCAUCUUCACUGAGAAUCCAGCCUGUACAAACCAGUCAGCUAUAAACUUCACGAAUGACUCUGAGUAUGCCACCGUCAAGCUCUAGGUCACACCGGGUAUAAAUAAUACUCAAAGAAUAUAUCUGCGAGUAUGCUGUUGGCUUUUCCCUAAAAAUGUGAAACUGUAAGGGAAUCAAUGUAUGAUGUAAGACACAUCUGUACUGGGAAGACCUCAGCUCGCCCUCCAACCUCUGACCCUAACCCUUCCCUCACCUGUGAACUCCAACCUCUGACCCCAACCCUACCAUCACCUGUGACCUACAACCUCUGACCCUUACCCUACCCUCAUCUCUGAUCCCUCAGCUGGUCACGUAUCCUGUACCUUUCUUUGCACUUGUCUUUCUUUGAAUAGCUUUUCUCUCUUAAAUUUUCUCACUUAAAUUCCUAUGUUUGCAGUGUACAUUGUAUUGUAUUUGUUAUAUUGUUCCUGAUAGAAUGUUAACUUGCACUUGUCAUGGAAGGCCUUUCUGCACGGCACGUGGUGGCCUAUGCUGGUGACCUCUACCCCUUGCUGGAGACGUUCAUUUUCACAUCGACCCAGUCUAGGGAAAAGCCAGCCUGGAGUCUAUCCCAGUAAUCAUGGAUCAGAGGAUGUUCUGGAUGUCAUGCCUGCUUUACUAUAUGUGCAUCUGUAAAACUGGCUUUACAGCAGAAUGACUGACACAAAUGAGAAUAAUACUGUACCUGAAAGAGUGCAUGUUAUAUUAGCAAUAUGAAAGGUCAUUUUUUGGGAGAAGGUCUUACAAAAAAGCACAUAACUUCAGCUUUUUGCAACGAGUAUAAAUAGUUUUGCAAAAUGCAUGGGCAGGUUUUGUCACACCUAAGUGCUGAGUGUUCUCACCUAGAGAGAAAAUGGAAAUGGAAUAUUCAAAUAAAAUAUUUGCUACAGGUGUGAAAUAA